GUAAGAGCCGGUACGAUUGGGAGAACAGCUGUGCAAUACGUAAACAGAAACAGAACUUACUACUUGAGCUUUUGUUGAGCUUUUUUGUGAAAUGAAUGGGAUUUCAUCAUUUGUCAAGAGCUUUUUGCCAAUCGCAAAGUAGGUUUUCGAGCAACAGUCAGUUCGUCAGCUGUGCUGGAUUUGUUGACUUCGUAAAAGUAAACAAACAAAUAUAAUAAUGGAAGAGUUUAAUGCAGAAACUGAAAAAGAGACGGUCGCUACAAUCACGUGCAAGGCCAAAGUAUUGGCAAUCGGAGAUGAGGAAUGCUUCACAAAGAAGCCGCCUUCAUUCAAAUACAACGUGAAUAAUUUUCAGGAAGAUUUUAGAAAGCAUUUUUGUCUGCUAUUAACUGGUAGUCGAAAAACUGUAGACGUUGUCGGAGAUUGGGACGCGGUUGAAAAAUUUGGAGCGGCGAGCAUUAAGGAGGAUAAUCAACCCAGGCGUUAUCACUUUUUUCGUCAGAAAGGUAACAGUUAUCCAAGAGGUACGAUGAUAUUUGGCCCCACCUUUAAUGCAAUGGAAGUUAUGGCUCUGGUGAGAAAACGACUGAAAGAGGAAAAGUGGAUAUCAAAUAAUGUCAUAGAAACGCCUCUGAAAACAAAAAUUGGUGGCAAAAAAUACUACGGCUCCGAUCACUACAUUAAAGAGGUUGUUUCCGAGGCCCUUGAUGUGGAAACAAGGAGGACCUUCAAAUUUGUGCAGUAUUUACAAUAUUUACACAGAGAAUCUAAUCACAAGUAAUUAUUAACUUAGCAUACCCUGUAAAAUACAAAGAACAGCUAUUGAAAACGUAAACAAAAAUAAUUGGUGCAAGAGCGCACCUUUAAGCUUUUAAAAAAAGCUUUUGGCAGAGUUGUGAAAUUGUCAUAAGUAUUUCGCGUAGUGCUGCAUAUAAAAGUGGCGUCAGCUUGGAAGCUUUGCCAAUCCAAAAGUUUACGUCAAGCAAAUAGUUCGUCAGCUGUGAAACUGAAGCAUUUUAAUACAGCAAUAAAAUGAUACAAACGGAAACAACUGCGGAAAAUGAUAAUGUAAAAAGCGAUACAACUGUGGCGACGUUGACCUCAGAAGCCAAGGUUUUGUCCAUUGGCGAUCGGAGGCGCAACCUUAGGUCUAAAAAAAAACCUGUGGUUAAGUUUGACAAGAACGUUUUUCUUGACAACUGCAAGAAACAUUUUGGACUUCUUCUAAUGGAAACUCGUACGCCCAUAGAAGUGGAUAAGAAGUGGCAACUUCUUGAAAUGAAAAAAAUCGGGGAAGAUAAUCAAAUCCAACGCUUUCAAUUCUAUUGUCAUUCCAAUCGUAGGGAUAAUGGCUAUAUGAUGUGUGGCCAGACAGUUAAUGCCGAGUCAAUAUUGCACGAUAUAAGAAAGCGACUACAACAAGAAAACUGGACAUCAAAGUAUGUUGUAGAAAUGCCUCUAAACGAAAAGGGCUGUAAAGGCUAUAGGUCUAAGGUUGAUCAAAUAUUUGUUGAGGCCUUUGACGCUGCAAGGUACAGGAUGUUUCAGUUUUUGUAUUACUUACACAAAGAACAUGUUAAAAAAAAGGUAGGAAUAUGAGAAAAUUGCUUUUUCUUUUUUU